AUGGCUGAACCGGAAGUCCGCAAAGACCGUCAUGUCAAGUACUAUCUGCGCUGUUUGAAGACCUUUCUUCCUCAACCAUACAUUUCCAAUGACUCAAAUCGCGGGCUUCUUGCCUUCUUCACAAUCGCUGGGCUCGACUUGCUAGACGCAUUGGAGACCACUACCACACCCGAAGAACGAAGGGGAUAUAUCAAUUGGAUUUAUCACUGUCAGGUGUCCAGUGGAGGAUUUCGUGGUUUCACCGGCACUGACUUUGGAGCCGAGAGACAUACCCCAGAGAAUGAAGUCUGGGAUCCGGCCAAUGUGGCUGCUACCUUUUUAUUCCUCGUAACUCUCCUUAUUCUAGGCGAUGAUCUGUCGAGGGUGAACAGGAGGGGCUGCCUUCAGUGGCUGCCAUCUCUGCAACGUGAGGAUGGAAGUUUUGGUGAAUUAAUCAGCGUCGAUGGAAGGAUUGCAGGUGGCCAUGAUUUACGCUUCUGCCACUGUGCCGCCGGCAUACGGUAUAUACUCAGAGGUGAAAAUGGGAGGGAUGUUGACGAUAUAAAAGACGUAGACAUCGAAAAGCUGUUGUCGUUCAUUGAAAAUUGUCAGAAUUAUGACGGUGGUAUGGCUGAAUCUCCGUUCUGCGAAGCUCAUGCCGGUCUCAGUUACUGUGCUAUUGGGGCACUAUCUUUCCUCGAUCAAAUAUCGCCUGGUAUAAGAAAGGUCAACAUAUUUACCCCUCAUACGACGGAAUUCGAAUCUCUCGUGCAGUGGCUUGUGUUACGGCAGACAACCACCUGGAAUACAGAAGAAGACGCCGAGGAAGAAGAGAGUCACGAAAAUACGCAUGAUGAGGUUCACCAGCUUCAGCGCGAUGUGGCUGCCCUGUCAUUCGACGACAGAAUCAGCUCGUUGCCCGAUUUACUUCCUCCAGGAGCGGAUCUGUUAAAAUAUGCCGGGUUCAAUGGACGAGAGAAUAAAGUAGCCGACACAUGCUAUUGCUUUUGGGUAUCCGGGACACUUGCGAUGAUGGGCAGGCUCGACCUGGUUGAUUCAGCUGGCAACAGAAACUACCUCCUUGAGAAGACUCAACAUAUAGUUGGUGGGUUUGGGAAGACCGUUGGGGAGCCUCCAGAUUUGCUGCAUUCCUACCUUGGUCUCGUGACCCUCGCACUUCUGAAUGAACCUGGCCUGGAGGGUGUAGACGCCGCUUUAUGCGCCAGCAAACGAACAAUGCAGCGUCUGAAGUCCCUUCCUUGGUGGCAUGGUUCCCAUACAGACGCUUGA